ACGAUCAUAAUUUGCAGAGCUCACCUUCUUCGCUCGUUAGCUUCAGUUUUUACUUUUUAGCUCCUAUUGGGAGCUAAAAAAAAACCCUAGAACUGAAUAUCUACUUUGUCAAAUUCAAAUUUUUAUUCUCCUCUAAUUUACAGCUGCUGCAGCUAGGUUUGACUAGUUUUGUUUGUCUUCUUGUUUGGUUAUGGGGAAAAUGCUGGAAAUUUAAACUUGCAGACUCUGAUCUGCUUUCUUUAUGUUUGAAGUCUGCCGGUGAGAUAUCAUUAAUUUUGAAAACGGGAAUAGCAUUGACUGUUAUAUUUCAAUUCCUGGAAAUUCUCGACCAUCCAAACAUGGAGUUAGGAGGCACUGCAGGUUUUUAACUUAAAAUUAUUUGGUUCAUUCUAGAUCUUACAAGAGCAGCUUCAAGUAAGAUCCCACAUCUAAAAGAGGCCAUGAAUUGAAUUCAAAUAAAGGUGUUACAGGUAGCAAACAAUUAAAGGUGCAUUUUAUUUGUCUUCAAGCAUGAAAGAAACACAGGCUGUGGAGUCUGAUCCUUUGUGUUGAUGACACUAUAGCAAGGAGAGGGAGAAUUAAUUGUUAUAAAUAGGGAAAUAUGGAGUGUAAUAAAGAUGAAGCAGUCAGGGCUAAAGGAAUUGCUGAGAGGAAGUUUAUAGAAAGAGAUUUUGCUGGGGCAAAGAAAUUUGCUUUGAAGGCCCAAAACUUGUAUCCUGAGCUUGAGGGUCUUUCUCAAAUGCUGGUGACAUUUGAUGUCCAUGUCUCUGCACAGAAAAUAACAGGUAGUGGUGAAAUUGAUUGGUAUUGCAUGCUUGGUGUAAACCCAUGGGCUGAUGAUGAGACAAUCAGGAAACAGUACAGAAAGCUAGCUCUCAUGCUUCAUCCGGAAAAAAACAAAUCUUUGGGAGCAGAUGUUGCUUUUAAGCUGGUGUCGGAGGCAUGGAGUAUAUUAUCUGAUAAGUCUAAGAGAUUAGCAUACAAUGAGAAAUUAAAUGUGGUAGGACUUCAACAGAGAGUUUCAACUCAGACUAAGGAUCCCUCAACACCAUCUACUGCUAAUGGCUUUCAUAAUAGUGACAGUGCUGUAAAUUCAGAUGCAAGGACUCCGAACAAGAAUACUCGGACAGGACCAACCUUGGUUCCACCUCCUCCUUAUAAAAGACCUGAUACUUUUUGGACUAUAUGCAACAGAUGUAAGACACAGUAUGAGUAUCUGAGGAUUUAUCUAAAUCACACCCUCCUAUGCCCAAAUUGUCAUGAAGCUUUUUUUGCUGUAGAGAAGGCUCCACCUCCAAGCGUUAUGAAGCCAUCCAAUUAUUCUUCUCGCCAAAAGCAUCAGAAUUCAAGACAUCGUGCUACAAAUAGUACACCGUGUAAUGUUGGAAGAAAUUGUGGAGUUGCUCAAAGUUCUAGACCUGCUCAAAGUUUUGGACCUGACGGGUUUGGAGUAAAUUCAUCCAACAGCCCAGAUCUCCAGUGGAAUCAUUUUUCUAGGAUGGCUAGUGCUGGAUCUGCAGUUGCUUCACCGUCCACGUCUGCUCAAGCUGCAAGCACGGUUCAGCAGGCACAUCAGCAUGUGAAGAGAGAGCAUGAGGAAGGAAAGGCUGACCAACUCUUUAAAAGGAGAAGAUUUGAUGAAAAAACUUAUGUGAAUUCUUAUGGAGCUGGGAAUGGAAGAUCAGGCUUGGGGACUGCAUCUGAACAAAGAAGGGGCUAUUUUGAGACAGAAAGGGUUAGUAUUAAUAAUAAGCCCAACAGCAAGAGAGAAUUGCUACCUGUUGAGCUCCGAAACAUGUUGAUGGAGAAGGCACGAAUGGAUAUUUGUAAAAAGCUUGAGGAAUGGAGCUCAAAUCAAGUAAAACUGAAAGAGGACAAAAAACAGAAAAUUAUGGUAAGGAAUGAUGCAAAUAAUCAUAAGAAGCAUGAUAACUAUACUAUUAUGAAUGAUGCAAAAGAAAGCAAGAAGUCUUUCCGGGGUUUUUCUUCUGACGAUUCCAUUAAAGAUGCCCCUGCACCAAUGUCAAUUAAUGUUCCAGACCCUGAUUUUCACAAUUUUGAUUUGGAUCGAACUGAAAGUGCUUUUAGUGAUGACCAGGUUUGGGCUGCCUAUGAUGAAGAUGAUGGAAUGCCUCGAUACUAUGCUCGAAUUCACAAGGUGAUCUCCUUGAAGCCGUUCAAGAUGAGGAUUAGUUGGCUUAAUUCAAGGAGCAACAGUGAAUUCAGCUCUGUAGACUGGGUAGCUUCUGGUUUUCCCAAGACCUGUGGGGAUUUCAGGGCUGGAAGACAUGAGAUCACUGACACAUUAAAUUCUUUUUCUCACAAGGUUAAAUGGACAAAAGGCACUCGUGGGGUCAUUUGCAUACUUCCAGGAAAGGGAGACGUUUGGGCUCUUUAUAGGAACUGGUCCUCAGACUGGGAUGAGAAUACUCCAGAUGAAGUGAUUCACCAAUAUGACAUGGUGGAAGUGCUUGAUGACUACAAUGAAGAACAAGGUGUGUCUGUUGUUCCUCUUGUUAAGGUUGCUGGUUUCAAGACAGUUUUUCAAAGGCAUAUGGAUCCCAAUGAAAUUAGGAGGAUCCCAAAAGAAGAGAUGUUUCGCUUCUCUCAUCAGGUCCCAGAUCAUUUGCUUAAUGGUGAAGAAGCUCAUAAUGCUCCGAAGGGUUGUCGGGAGUUAGAUCCAGCAGCUACUCCUUUGGAACUUCUUCAGGUAAUUGCAGAAGUUAACGAGGAACAAAUGGUAGAAAUUACUGGGAAAUUUGAGGAAGAAAUGGCACCGAAAAUUACAGAAACAAAGGUUGAUCAGAUGGUGGAAAAUGCUUCGACAUUCAAGGAGGUCGAGGUGAUAAAAAGUGAUGAACAAGCUGAAGAUGAUAAAUAAAGAUUUGGUAAAUAGGUGGCUGAGGAAGCCAAUGUUGUAGAUCAUUCUGAAAAGGCUGAGAUAUUAGCUAGUGCAAACUGCUCAAGAUACACCAAUAUAGGUAAGGUUUUCUUUUUUCCUUUUAUUUUGUAAAGCUGAUCCAAACUGUGGAUGGCUUUUUGCAGCAUAACUGGAUCUGCAAAUGCUCCGAAGUCCCCUUUUAAUUUUCUUUCUUUCUUUUUUUGAGUUGACGAAUGCUGAAUUUGGAUACUUGUAACUCAUGCUUGACCAUGAUCAAGUUUGCUGGCACUGGCAGCAACCAAUAUAAUUGUGUCAUUUGUGCU